CGCACUUCUAAAAUGUCGGUGUGUUCUGAAAAACACCGAGAACGCACUCAAGUCAAGUCUUUAUCUCCGCGAGUGCAUAGUAAGUUAGUUAUGAUCGAAUGAAUUUUUAUUUCUCCAACGACUGUUAACUACAAGUACGUAACAAAUAUAUAAUCGAUGUAGGACUUUAAUGCAAUUGAAAUACUUAACAAUAACUAUAUGGCGCGUGCUGAGGUCAAUUGUUGCAAUUUUCCCUUUUGGCUUCAGCAGCCCACGAAGAUGUUAGGGUCAUGAGAAUUGCCUCACUGCUUCCAGUACUGUACAUUUUAUCUCUAUGGCUAAGGGAAAAAUAAGAGGUUCUGACUCCAAUAACAAGAUAACAUCAAAUGCAUUUAAAAAUGGAGAAACCUAUACAUCGGAAUUUGAGAUUAACGAGACACCACCCAGCGCUAGAACUUUACUUACUAAAGGCUACACACAGGAUGAAAUUAAUUCAUAUUCGGGAGCAACUGUAUCGACACGAGGGCGUUUUAUGACGGAGCAGGAAAAAUUGCGUUGCCCAAAUGAAAGACCAUUGUAUCUUUACAUACAAGGACAUACAAAACACAAUGUUGAUUUGGCAAUACAAAAGAUCCAUGAAAUUAUUAAAACGGAACAUCAGAGUUCAUUAAAUAGACCAAGUAGGUUUACCAAUGCUCCACCACCUCUUAUGAGUUUACAUUCUAGAGUUACAAGUGUGGAAAAGAUUUGCAUUGGAAUUGAGAAUGCACCACAAGAUUUUGAUUUACGUGGGCGAAUAUUAGGUGCCAAUGAUGCAAAUUUAAUUUUUAUUAGAACUGAAACUGGAGCGAAUGUUACCUUAAGAGGUAGAGGAUCCCAGUUUAUUGAUCCAAUUUUAGGAGCAGAAUCUCCAGAACCACUUCACUUAUACAUAGAGCAUCCAAAGCCAGAUGCACUGCAGUUUGCAAAAAGAUUGGCUAUUAGCCUGAUACAAACAAUACAGACCGAACUACAGACCUAUAUUCAACAACAGCCACCACCAGUACAACCUCAGCAAGUUUUAGAACAACCACAGAUACCACAAACUCAAUUCCAAGCUAUGAAUAUUGGUAGCUUAGGUCAGCCAAAUGUAGUAGCAAUACAGCAUCAAGAUAUUAUACAACAUCAGCAAAGUAAUGUUGUAACAUUACCUGCAACAAUUCUUACGGCUACUGUAGCUGGUGCACCAGGACCUGGUGUUCCUCCUCCAGGAGUGCAUAUACCACCUCAUACUGGACCAUUAGUUCCACCUCCACAAGCUCAGGAAAUGCAGACUUUUAUGCCGCCACCACCUAUUGGACAAGUACAAUUAAUUGGUCCUCCAUCAACAGUAAGUCAAGUUCAAUAUCAGAUACAUCCGGGUCAGCAAUUACAAAUCCAGGGAAUUCAACAAGGAUCGCAAUCCUCACCGCAAUCUGUGGCGCAAAUGUAUGUCAUGAGUCAACCACCGCCGCAGAAUCCGCAGCAAAGUUUCAUAACGAGCAAUAAUGCACCAGUAAGUGGGGCAGUGUCGUACGUAUAUACACAACCGAACGUGCAGAGGCCCGCUACACCAUCUCAAGGAAUUAUUGAAACCGUCAAUGUCAAUUUGCAACAACCUCCACCUACGGCUCCGCUCAAUAUAACGCAGCAACCGCCACCACCGUUGUUACAUCUUCAUUUCCCGCCACCGAACUUUCCGCCGAACCAACCACCUCCUUCUGUCCCGCAAACCUAUCAGAUACAGUAUCAACAGGUACAGACAUCUGCAUCGCAGUCGCAAACGCAAUUCGUCUUGCAGCCCGGCGAGCACAUCGUUCCGCCUCAAUUGCAACAAAAUCACGAGCAAUCUCAAGCUGUCGCUCAACAUAUAAUACCUCCGCAAUUCGAAGGUCACGCACCGCCGUUCCAUUUACAAGUACCUCCACCGCCAUCCUCGCAAACUUUCCUAGUACCUAACGCUCAGUCUCCUCAUCAUCCACAACCGCCGCUUCCUCCCGGCGAGAUUCAGCAUCAGCAGGAGGGCCCAGUGGAACAAGGACCGCUGCCGCAACCAGUACCUCCUCCGCAAAUAGUACCACCACCGUCGAUCAGCCAGAUGCCUAAUUCCAUGAAUAUUCUUACCAGCGUACCACCGCCAACGCAGCCGCCGCCACCCCAGAAUGCUCCAUGGUUGUACCAAGCUCAGCAGCCACAACCACAAGGACAAUUACAGAUGCAAAUGCCGCCGCAAAAUAUACCUCUUCAUAAUGUACCUCCACCGCAAGUUCAAGCUCAAAUACAAUAUCAUCAUCAACACAUACAAUAUCAAAACGGCCAUAUACCGACGCAAGUACAUUACGCAAUGCAACCGCCUCAUCAACAGUUCGAGCAGAAACCUGAUUCGCCAGAACAGCAAAAAUCCCAUGGAGUAAAGAGAAGGUUUUCAGAUGUUGACGGAGGUCAGGAACAACCACCACCGCCACCACCGUACCAAUGUGCUCCAUUACCUGCACAACGGCAUGGCACAGGAGAAGGUGAUCGACAGCAGCAAGUCUUACAUGGUUCAUCACCCACACCUGCUGGUCUGCCACAUGGAGAUCGCACCAAGAUGCUAAUGCCACCUCUACACCCAGGUGAGAAACGCAAUCUGGACCAAAAGUCUGCAGGAUUAUCUUCAGGAAAUGAUCAAAACGUUAUGGCGGAAUCUGGAAAUAUUCAUGUCGGCAAUGGUCCACCUCUACCACCUCCAUCUUCACCACAGGCGCCGUGGCAAAGUCAUCAUGUGAGGGUUCCUUGGGGUAGACCACCACCGAUUCCAAGAGAAGGAGAACCUCCCGCAGUCUGUCCUGGAUUACCUCCUAUUAACAUGCCUCCACCUCAAAUUAGAUCACGAGGUCUCGCUGACGGUAAUCGUUCUCCUACUCAGAACGCCGCGUUAGAGCAGUCGUUGAACGUUGAGUACAAUCAAAUAUCGCUCUAUACGAAACCACCACCUUACAACGCGCAUCCAUUGAUGCAAUCUAUCUGUAAUCCGCCGCCGCCACCACCGCCGCAUUAUCAACAACCGCGGUCGCAGCAUCCUCCACAAACGAUGCAACAUUAUCAGGUGCCAAUCUCGCAGACAUAUCAGCCGCCAACGUCCUGUCCACCAUGGAUGAACUGAGAAUUAUAAAACUAUAGAUGGAGCGUUUUUUGCUCCGUUUCUCGUAUCUUGACGUAUCGUCUCAUGACUUAAUAAAAGUGACAUUGUUUCUAUGAGUGACAUAAUAACAGGACAACGAGAUUCAAGCUUCAAGAAUCUGACGUAAAUACGAAUAAUUGGAACUGCAAACUCGUGUUAUUUGCAUUCAAUUGUGUGUUCCUUACGACAGUUUUUAUAAUUUAAUAAUCUGUUUUAAGAA